AUGGCGUCCCAAACUCCUGCCGUUGUCAUGGACAACGGUACCGGUUACUCCAAGCUGGGUUUUGCCGGUAACGACUCACCUUCUUUUGUUUUUCCCACUGCAAUUGCCACCAAGGCCGGUGCUGGGAGCGCUGGAAGCUCCGCCGGUUCGCGGCCUGCUGUCGCGAGCAAGCCCACUUUCUUGAGUGGAGGCGGCGGAGGUAGUUCGCAUUUGUCUGCAAAGCGUGGGACGGAAGACCUGGAUUUCUUCAUUGGAGACGAGGCUCUGGCCGCAGGCAAUGGUCCGGGCUAUGGUGUCAACUACCCAAUCCGCCACGGUCAGAUUGAGAACUGGGAUCACAUGGAGCGAUUUUGGUCCAACUCAAUCUUCAAAUAUCUGCGUGUCGAGCCCGAAGACCACUACUUCCUUCUGACUGAGCCGCCCUUGAACCCGCCUGAGAAUCGCGAAAACACCGCCGAGAUCAUGUUCGAAUCCUUUAAUUGUGCCGGUCUUUACAUUGCCGUGCAAGCUGUGCUCGCACUCGCCGCUUCCUGGACUUCCUCAAAGGUCACCGAUCGAUCGCUCACCGGUACUGUCAUCGACUCGGGUGAUGGUGUCACCCACGUCAUCCCGGUUGCCGAGGGCUAUGUCAUUGGAUCUUCCAUUAAGAGCAUUCCCAUCGCGGGUCGUGAUAUUACCUACUUUGUUCAAAGCUUGCUUCGUGACCGGGGUGAGCCCGAUAGCAGCUUGAAGACAGCCGAGAAAGUCAAAGAGGAGUACUGCUACGUGAGCCCUGACAUCGUCAAGGAGUUCGCGCGAUACGACCGCGAGCCCGAUCGUUUCCUGAAACACACUGUCACCUCGCCCAACGGCCGCAGUGUCUCCAUCGACGUGGGAUAUGAACGUUUCCUGGCCCCCGAAAUCUUCUUCAACCCAGAGAUUUACUCGUCCGACUUCUUGACCCCGCUUCCCAACGUCGUUGAUGGCGUGAUCCAGUCUUCUCCUAUCGAUGUGCGACGAGGUCUAUACAAGAACAUUGUGCUUUCCGGUGGCUCUACCUUGUACAAGGACUUUGGGCGUCGUCUUCAGCGCGAUAUCCGUCACUUGGUUGACGCUCGAAUCCGCGCCUCAGAAGCACGCAGCGGCGGUGCGCGCAGUGGUGGUCUGGAUGUUGCUGUUGUCACGCAUAAGCGACAGCGGCACGGACCCUGGUUCGGCGGUAGCUUGCUGGGUCAGACGCCCGAGUUCCGGAGCUAUUGCCAUACCAAGGCUGAAUACGAUGAGAUUGGCCCCAGCAUCGUGCGGAGAUUUGCCCUGCUGGGUGGCCCCGGCAGCUCGUAG